CCAUUGCUCACACUCUUCUCGUGGCUGAGGAAACUACAGCCUGCCAAGAUGUGCAAAGGAUUAGCAGCGCUGCCCCACACCUGCCUGGAAAGGGCCAAGGAGAUCAAGACCAAGCUGGGCACACUGCUCCAGAAGCCCGACUCAACCAUUGACUUCAUCAUCCCCUACCCAGAGAAGCCAGAGAAGCCGCCCAAGGCCCAGAAGCCAUCACCGGAGGAGGCUCUGCAGUGGCGCGAUUCCCUGGAGAAGCUCCUGCAAAACCCCUACGGGCUUGCCAGCUUCCGCAGCUUCCUGCGCUCUGAGUUCAGUGAGGAGAAUGCCGAGUUCUGGGUGGCCUGCGAGGACUACAAGAAGACCAAGUCCCCUGUGAAGAUGGCAGAGAAAGCCAAGAAGAUCUAUGAGGAGUUCAUCCAGACCGAGGCACCCAAAGAGGUCAGUGCUGAAGGGCAGGAGACGGUGAACAUCGACCACUUCACCAAGGCUGUGACCAUGAAGAACCUGGUGGAGCCGUCACCAACCAGCUUUGACAUGGCCCAGAAGAGGAUCUUUGCCCUGAUGGAGAAAGACUCCCUGCCCAGAUUUGUGCGGUCGGAGUUUUAUCAGGAGUUAAUCAAGUAGCAAUGUGGCAGGGCUGUGCGAGGCAUUCCCCACGGGCGGUCCCACUGCUUCUGUCUAAACACCUGCCCCUUCUCCUGCAGCCGCUUUGCUUUCUUGAUGCCACCCUAAAAGAGCACCCAGGGGCGUUGCUAAACGUCUCCCCCCGUGCUUUGGACUGUCAGACGGCCCGAUGUCUCCUCUCUUACAGUCUCUCUCCUCUCCCACAAAAGACCAAUUAGCAGAAACCCCUGGUCACCCUCUCUGGGUUUGGGACCCAGAAGGGCGGUGGAGCAGCCCCAGCCCCGCAGCAACAGGGAGCCACUCGGGCAGCCGGCACAUUGCUGGCACCAUGGGGCUCGGCUUUACUCAGAGGCUCUGAGGCACCAGCUCUGCCUUCUUAGGACUUCUGAGGACAUUACAGUAUUUCUCCCAAUUUUGCCCGUAUCGCUGGUUUGCCCCAGGCUCUCUCCCUCCUCCCGGAUUCCAUGGGUGCUGCCCUCCCUGGCCAAGUCCAGCAUGCCUGCAGCCUUGGGGUGCACAGUGGGGCACAUCCACCAUGGGAUCGGCAUCACCUUGUCUUCAGAAAGCAGCCGUUCAGCAGGCACUGUGACGGCUGCACGGCAGGGGUGGCUGUAGGGCAGGGACGGUGGCACAGCAGAUCCGGGAGCGGCACGGCCGUGCGCCGCAGGGUGCACCUGGCUGGCACGAGGGGUGGGCAGAGCGAGCCUGCAGCACCGCUUCCCCAGUGACUCCACUUGGAGUCAGCUGUGAGACAGCCUGUUUGCUUCACACUAACGACAGUAAAGAGGAUAAAAUGAGAUCUGUUUGUUCAAAACACCGGGACUGUUUAGCAACCCAGACCUCCCGCUCACUCCAACCACUUGCAUGACGUGCUGCGCUCACCGUCUGCAGCCUGUGCCCGUGUCCCCAGUGCCUACGCGCAGCCCUCAGCAGUGCUGGUGGCUGGUGGUGUGCUUGGAUUGCAGCUUCGGGUGUUGCUGCAGUGGUUUCUUGCUCCAGUUGCUUCUCUCUGCAGUAGGCAUGCCAAAGCGAUACUUCUGCACAAGCUCAAUCGAGGGACAUUGAUUAGAGGAGGGAGGAAAAUCAUGCUGGGGAAAAAAAAGCUGCUAAUUGCAACUGUUCAGACCUAAUUAAAAAAGAAAAAAAAAAAAAAACAACCGAAAACCAAAACCCAAACCCAAAGACAAAACCAUUACUGGAAAUAUGAAAAAUAAACACCUGUCUUCUUGAACAGAUGGCAAACUCUGCUGAGUUUGUGUAGCCUGCAUCUCUCCCUCCUGCCUCCUCCCGUCUGCCCAGGACACGUGUUUCCAUAAGGCUGUCUCUUAAAAUGACCAGCCCUUUUCAAAUGAUUCAAAGCCAGCCCACUCUUCGCUACCAGAAGAAAUCACAUCUGAGGACGGGGCAAGGGCUUAUGCGAAAGGCGGCUGGGGUCUCAUUUCAGCCUCGAGGUGACUGCGAUCAACCCCCGCUCCAUGGGGCCUGGAUGUUUCAUCCCGGCGAUGGAUUCCUGGCGCAGCAUCCGCAGGGCCGUGGCUUGCAACGAGGACGCUGCAGGGAUCGAGCUGCCCAGCUGGCAACCCGCCGAUGCCGGCAAAGUAACAGGCGACCGUGCUCCCAGCAAGCAGCUCGGACCCGCUGCCCCCGGCUGCUCGACCUCAACUGCAAGUCAUGAGACUCCAUCCGAAAUGCAAUAACAUAAACAACGGGUUUGCCAACCUCUUCAAGACGUUCAAAAUCUGAUCAAAACCCCACCAGCCCCAAAUAUUUACACGUUGUCACUAUGGUGACAAAGAAAACUACAUCCCGAGCUGCAGGAAGUGGGCUGUGUUUUCCAGGCAGGGAAGGGGAGGCAGGGGAAAGAUGGAGGCCACCACAAGCGUGACUUCUUCUUUUCCUCUGGAGCAAGCGGCCUGGGAACGUCGGUGCUGGAGCAGCAGGGAUGAUGCUCGUGGGGCAUUCCCCUGGGAUGAGCGUGGGGGGCUGCUUGGGCGACCCCAAAGAGCCCAAGGGAGCCCAUGGGCGGCAGGAGGGUCCCUUUGAAAGGGCGCAGGGUCCCCCCAGCAGCACCCGCUGCCCAGAGCUGGUGGGCAACAAGGGGGCGGCAGGGGCAGGGCUGGGCACGGGAGGAGGGGCCGCGCCAGCCCUCCUGCUGCAGGGCGCUCCCGCCGCCUCUGCCCCGGCGCGCUCCCUGCACCUCCUAACGCCUCCACGGACUGGCGUGAAGACAAGCGGGUUCAGCAUGUUCAAGCUCCCUGUUGACAGCGCAACUCAGAAAUGCGAAAUCAAACAGGCUUCCCUGCAGAAAGACCCAGAUCUUUCAUUUUUACUUCAUCCUUUGGCAGCUGUUUCCGGAUACCCUCGUUUCACAGUUAAAUGCCAACGCUGGGAUGCUGCUGGAGGCUGGCUUGCCGCACACCAUCAAAACCUGAGAUGUCACUAGCUGCAACAGCGAUGUGUGGGGCAGGGAGAGAGUGUCCGGGUAUGUACGUGCUGAAAAGAACGGUGGAGGCUGGAUACAGGAGAGGUGAAACAGCUCCGUUGGAAAUCCCUCCCCAGCUUGAUUUCUGCUGAAAUUUUGGAGGCCUGCUUUCGGGGGUGAUUGAACGGGUGCCAGCGAGCUACUGGGUGGCCAUAAAAUGUGGCCCCUGAAGCGUUUUGGAGCUCUUGGGAAGUUGUGUUUGUGUAGAAGGGUCAUUUGGCUAAUUACUUAGGCAGGUUCGUCCCAGAAAGGCGGCAAUGCCUGUACCACCCUACGGCCGAGCUUUCCGCAGGCCCAGAGGUGUUUACUGUCGGGCUGAUACCAACCAUUAUAUUUCUGGUAGGAAAUACUUCAUGUAUAUUUAUCACUCUUGCUCUCAUGAAAUUUGGCAUAUGUAUGAGCACUAUACACACAACAUUGUACAUCUAUAUCCCUAUAGACAUAUACAAGUAUACACACACACACACAUACUCAUACUCCUAACACGGGCAUCCGGAUCCCCAGUCAGUCAGAGAGCCAAAGAGCAGAGUUUCUUGAUAUUGUGCUUGGGGUCUGCCACAGAGAUGAGCAUGUGUGGGUUUAUUGCAGUCCCCGACCCUGUUGAGGGAAACCUUGGCCAAGUGAACAUGAAGGUGCAUCUUCCAAAACACCCUCCGAUAUCACCCUGUGCCCGUGGCUGCUGGGUGCCUGCAGCCCUGGUGCGUCCUGGCACCCAAGCCGGCGCAGGGGGCAGGUCUCAUGCUCUCCGAGGGACCCCCAUCCCCUGCCGUGGGGCAAGGCAACCCCACGCAGCAGCCAGGGUCCCCAGGCACCAGGCGCUGCCUCCGUGCCUCCCCGGGGCCCGCUUCCCACCACGGGGCCAUGCGGACGAGGGCUCCCUGCAGCUGCAUCCCUCAGAUUAAUGCUGGGAGAUUGUUUGCUGUGUGUUUUCUGGUUAAUUCGGUGACCUGGACCCUCGCACCUCCCCAGCCACGGUGUGAAUCACCCAGCUCUCCCCCUGCAUGCUGAGGCAGGGCUCUGCCAGUGCUGCCCCGUUCCAGCCCUGCCGAAGCCUGCGAGGCAGCGUCGGGAGCUGCCCACAGGGUGCUGCGGUUGUCCCAGGGCUCGGCCAAGCUUCCCCCAGUCCUUGGUCACUCCCUGAAGGGUGCCGAGUGCUGUGGCCAAGGGCUGGGGCGAGGUCGGGAUUGGGGAUCGACUCCUCAUACCCGCAAGCAGCAGGUUUUCAGUCUGACGUUCUCUGCGUGAUUUCCACUAGAGAUCUUCACGCGGGACACUGGUGUGUGCUGAGGAACUGGUUGCGUUAAUCCAUAUUCUUGUACCGCUCCGUAAUCCACACAUAAACAUGUAUUUCUGCUACUA